UCAAAGGUAGAUAGAUAGACUGAAUGUAACAUGUGAAGGUGAGAAGACACUUGGAAACUUGCAUAAGUUCAAUCUCUCAAAACCCGUGAAGAACAAAACAAACAUGGAGUUCUUCUUCUGCUUCCUGCUUCUCUCUGCUCAUCUUCUGCUAGCAUCUUCCCUUGUUCAAUUUCAAGAUAAUGGCCUGACCCCAAAACAAGUUAGCAUUCACCUUGAAGUACACCAUGGUCAGUCUCAACUCAACCAUUCCACAACAUCAAGUUUGGAAUUUUUUUCACCCAAAAUCCUUGAAAAGGAUGAGCAGCGAGUCGAGGCGAUUCGCUCAAGAUUUUCCAACAAGAACUUGAGCAACAUCAAGCCAGAACUUGUAAGCACCCCAUUGAAAUCAGGACUGUCUAUAGGGUCAGGCAAUUACUAUGUGAAAUUAGGAGUUGGGACCCCUCCUCAGUACUCUAGCCUUAUUGUGGACACGGGAAGUUCUCUCUCAUGGCUUCAGUGUCAACCCUGUAAAGGUUCUUGCCAUCCCCAAGUUGACCCUUUAUUCAAUCCUUCCAGAUCCAAAACCUUCAAGAAAUUCCCGUGCUCUUCUCCUUCAUGUUCCUCUCUUAAGGAGUCAACCCUUAAUGAUCCUGGUUGUGAGGUUGGAUCUGGUGCUUGUGUGUACAGGGAAGCAUAUGGUGAUUCCUCAUUCUCAAUUGGUUAUUUGAGCCAAGACGUGUUAAGCCUAACCCCAUCAGAAACACUACCAGGUUUUGUGUAUGGUUGUGGACAGAACAAUCAAGGUUUGUUUGGAAAGAGUUCUGGUAUUCUAGGGCUAGGCCAUGAUAAGCUCUCUGCACUUGCACAAUUGUCCACUAAAUAUGGUUAUGCCUUCUCAUAUUGCCUUCCCACUUCUUUCUCUGCCUCUAAACCUUCCAAAGGAGGCUACUUGUCCAUUGGAUCCUCAUCAUUGGCAAAAUCACCAUUCAAGUUCACCCCAAUGGUCAAGAAUCCGAAAAUCCCAAGCCUAUACUCCAUUGACUUAACCGCCAUCACGGUGGCAGGGAGGCCACUUGGCAUCGCCGCCUCAAGUUACAAGGUCCCAACCAUCGUAGACUCAGGCACAGUCAUCACAAGGCUACCUAUGCCAGUAUAUACAGCAUUAAAAGAAGCCUUUGUGAAGAUCAUGUCCAAAAAAUAUAAACCCACAGAAGGAAUUUCCAUACUGGAUACUUGCUUUGAGGGAAGGGCCAAAGAGAUAGUGAAUGUGCCUGAGAUUGGGAUGAUAUUUCAGGGUGGGGCUGCCCUACCACUUAAUGGACACAAUACCCUUAUAGAGCUUGAUGAGAAGACCACCUGUUUGGCCAUUGCAGGUAGCUCUGGGACUAACCCCAUUGCCAUUAUUGGUAAUUACCAGCAACAGACAUUCAAUGUUGCCUUUGAUAUCUCCAAUUCUAAGAUUGGAUUUGCUCCUGCUGGCUGUGAAUGAUCAGAAUAUUAGUUAGGUUACAGCGUUUAGAUUCUCUGCAGGGUGCUGUGCAGAGCCUCUACAACAGAAAAUCAACGGCCCUGAAUUGUUCAACUGAUCCAACGGUUAUUCCAAGUUGGUCAGUGUAAAUCAUCAAAUCUGUCAGAACAAUGUUGGCUGGUAGAUGCAUCUGUGCAGGCUCAACACCUCAGCUGUGCAGCGAAACCGAACGUCCUAGUAUAUUAUUCUGUCAACUCAUUAUAUCAUUAUUAUGAGCCAAUAAGAAUCACUAAGGUUUAAGUUUCAUAAUGUGAUCAGAUCUACAAACACAUUAUCUUUAAUGAUUGAGUUUCUAUUAAUUUGUGCAUUGUAUCAGUUUGAUGUAUUCUUCACUGUGAACAAGUACGUAUUAUUUACAUUUAGUUUGAGAAGCUGUCAUUUUGCUGCAGUGGUGUUCACCAUAUCUUAGUUUGUGGCUAUUAAUAAAGCAGGUCGAUGUUGAGUAAAUGCAUGUUGUAUAUCUCUUUUAAUUUCUAUGAAUAAAAAGGCAUUCUCUUUUCACCAAA